AUGGUGAGGCCUGAGCCAAAUGUCACGGUCGCGGAUGGCGACGUCAAGAAGGUACUGACUGACUCUUUUAGUUGUUUGGUCCAUCCAGUUGUAUGAGUAGCAGUCUACUGCCAUAUUUUUUUUGAAAGAGAAUGAAACAGAAACUUCUUCUAGUUCUCAGAAUAGAAUGUUCUCUCACUCACACCUCACAUCAAGAAUGUUUGACUAAUAAACAUCCUCAUCUUGCUGCUGCAUCAACAAUACAACCCUAUACCAAAACCAAUGGUGCAACUUCUCUUUCUCCAACAGGGCGCCAAGAUUUUCAAGAGUAAGUGUUCCCAGUGCCACACAGUGGAUGCGGGAGGCGCAUCGAAGUCUGGACCGAAUCUCCACCAAAUCUUCGGCCGAACGAGCGGAACAACUCCCGGAUAUCAGUAAUACUAAGAGCAUGACUUCUUGGUUCCUUUAUAAUCCGCCAAGAAUGAUUAUGAUCUCUCUUUAUGUGUUCAUCAUGUCCACCAUUACCAUCUACUAGGUACUCCGAAGCCAACAAAGGUGCCGAAAUUAUCUGGAGUGAGAAACACAUGGACCAAUUCUUGGUGAACCCGAAGGAAUACCUGCCAGGAACGAAGAUGGUACUUCUUUUUUCCUGUUGUCGAUUUUGGAUUACCUAACCUGCGAAGUAAUGCAUUCGAUUCUCUCUCUCUUCGAAGAUAAGGAUGUCGCACUGACUCUAACUCUACUAGCCUAAGUACCUAGCAAUUGAAUUCUUCAUUUCUUAUCGUGAUUCCUCAGGUCUUCGCUGGUAUGAAGAAGGAGAAGGAACGCGCUGAUUGCAUUGCUUGGAUGAAGCAGGCUACUUCCUAA